AUGGUCACCACCAGCAAGCCAACCAUCGUCUUCGCGCCGGGCGCCUGGCAUACGCCCGAUUGCUUUGACGUCGUCCGCGACGCCCUCCACGCCCGCGGUUGGUCCACGGAGGCCGUCAGCUACCCAGACUUCUCAACAAGCACUUAUCAGUAA